GUCGAUUGGGUCGUCCGCGGUUACACCGACCCUGUGGUUGUCCCUGUGGUUGUCCCCGACGAUGCCGCCACGGUGUCGAUGGAUAGCCUGCCCCUCAGGCUCGUACACAGCGGCCUCAAGCAUAUCAAAUACAUGAUCGACAUCAUUGAGAAUUGGAGUAUGCCCGACGGCGUCAGCCUGGAAACCGUCGCCGAGGCACACAAGAACGGCGUCACCGACGAUAGCUCCACGACCCUGCCCGCGGGUAUCGCGCCAGCACAGCCUUCGCCGAAAGGCGCUAUCAUGCAGAUCUUCAUCCACAAGGAGACUGUGUUGAAACAUUUUGUAUUCCCGAUUCCAGUGUCCGCCAAGAUCGCUGCUUCCAUCGCCGUGGGCAGGGCGCGGAGUAUCGCGCACAGGCCGAACACUUUCGGCGCUCGGGAGGCUUUCCAGCAGCUGCUGGAACGAGUCGGUGGGUGGAAGCUGUUGUUCGUGGACGUGACGCCGAAACCAGAGGGGGGCCUUUUGGAUCCCCACCAGAACGGCAUGCAGCAGUGGAACCUGACGCCAGACCAGUUGCAGGCGGGGGUUGACUGGGUGAACAGGUGGGCACCUGCAGGCGUCAGCAUGAACCAGCAAUGGACGUUCUUCCCCUUGACGGUCUACGACCUCAAACCAGUGUUCGUGGACAAGAUACUUCCGCUGAUCCUGACGCCGCUCGCCACAAGCGGCUGCAUGGUCAUUGGAAAAGCAGGCGCUGGGAAGACGCAGUUCGCCAGGAUUGUUGCCGCGAUGAUGGGGCGUUGGCGCUCCAUGUCGGACGGCGGCGACGGCGCCACCGCAGGCUGGCGGCGAGGCACGCUGAUGGAUGUCUUCCGAGAUACGCCGGGCAGCAUCGAGGUCGGUUGUCUCCUUGACGAUCCGACCCCGUCCAUCACCGACAUCGACCCUGAGACACUCAAGAGUUUUCUGGGCGUCGGAGAGGAUUGCCUGUGCAGCGCCCGCUACAGUCCCGCCAAGUUCUGCAGAAGCCGGUUCCGCUGCGUCAUGUGCAACGACUGGGACGAGGAGUCGGAGCCAGCCAAAGGGUUCGGGCCCAUCUCGGAGGAAACCUCUCUGGCCAUGUUGAAACCGGCGCUGGCGGGCGUGCCCGACAGGCACCUUUGGGCCAUCAUGAAGCGAGGGGUCGUGAUAGUCGCCGGCCACAACAGCGUGUACGUUCGCUUGCCCAGCGAGCGCAAGGGCCAGGACAUCUAUGCCUUCGAUGCGGACGACGUCGGAGAUGAUUGGCUUCAGGAAACAAACAAGCCAUGGUUGAACGAGUACAGGAAGGGCAAGAAGGUGGCGCCCGAGGGCCACGCCGAAGCCGUGCGCAAGGAGCAUGACUAUAUCGUCUCUCUGGUCGACACCGCGCCCACUCAGGGAACGAAGCGCAGGUGGGCCGAUGAUUGGGGCUCCGCGCAGCCUCCUCGCCGCAGGCGUUGGACUAAGUCGACCGAUGGGAUGGCGUCGCAGGGCGGCGCGACUCCGAACGACGCGCCCGCGGCACCUAUCGGCGAGCCUGCGGGUGCGCACGUCGACCCCAUCACGGGCGCUGGGCCGAGCCGCCCGCCUGUGAGCGCCUGCGCCGAUGAUGGUGCUGCGGAUGUCAUGCCUCCCGUCGAGGUAGCGCCCGAAGACAUGUAG